CGGGGCAGGACGCGCGGAUGGAGAGGGUGUUGGGUAGGAUACGGGCCGCGGGGCAGGUCACGCUCGACUCGAUCGCGUCGUUGUACUCUGGGUCGGACGACGGCGAGGAGGGGGAUGGCGACGAGCGGUCUGAGACGCCCACGAACCGCGCGUACGGAGGCGGGCACUCGAGGACGGAUAGCCAGCAAAGAGUUGCGAGCCCGCUUAGUAUGGCGUUGGGAGGAGGGUCGAGGAACGCGACGCCCGUGCAGUACGCGCAGCCGCCGCAUUUGAGGAGUAUGAGCGCCGCGAGCGUUAUGAGCGGCGAGUCGGGGUACCGGACGGCUAUUGGCUCUCCCGUUCCAUCCUCCGUAGCGCAUUCGUCGUCGAGUGGGCAUGGGAAUGCGAAUGGAGCUGGGUCGAGGGCGAACACGACUACGCCUACUCAGAGCCACAACCACGCUCAGCAGAACUUCGGCGCACUAGGCAACGGAAUGGCGAACGGGAAGCCGAAAGUGUACAUCCCGCACGACGACUUUGGCGUGUCCCGCAUGCUCGCCAUCAUCGAGCUCGCCGGGCUCUCGGGCAAAGCCGCCCUUCUCGAACAGAAAGAGCGCGAACGAAAGGCGAAGAAAGACGGGCUCGAGGACGUGCUCUUCGGUCCGGACUUGCGGGGCGUGAUGCGGGGGCUGCAUCCGAGCGUGCGCGAGGUGUAUGAGGGGGGCGUGAGGGGGCUGGAGGAGAUGGAUCGGGCGCUGGACGAGGUUUUGGAGGGGCUGAAGGUUGGGCGUUAG